GCAAGGAGACUCCGCCCCCUCUUCUCUCAAGAGCCAAUGGGAAAGGAGAGUGCGAAAAAUAGGGAGGAGCCCCGUCCGAACGAUGGAGCGCGCGCGGAGAGUUCUCAAGUUGGGAGCGCAAAAGAAGGAAGUUUGGUGGCCGGGUGUGAGGGCUGCGUCGUCCGAGGUAGAAUGCUAAAAUGGUGUCCCAGCAUAUAAGCCAACUUAAUGUUUAAUUGAACAAAUGUAUACAAGGCUGAAGCUAAUAGUGGCAAUAUGAAUAAAGAAAACAAGGAAAAUAAAUGUUUUGGAGUGCGUGGAAGCCCAGUCAAAACUCCUCUAAGACAAACAGUUACCCCCAAUUGGCUUUUGACAGAGAUCCAGCCUGCUGUUUCUGAUCAUCUGACAACACCACCAAAGUCCAAUGAAAGCACUUCUGGUGAUCCAUGGACCCCAACUGCUAAUCUUAAAAUGCUGAUUAGUGCAGCUAGUCCUGAGAUUAGAAAUCGAGAACAGGAAAAAAAAUGGUCAGAUAAUAAAAGUGAAAGCCUUGAGGAUCAUUUGUCAGGAGAUGAAUUUGAAAAGCCUCAUACAAGCCGUAAAGAGAAAAGCCUUGGAUUGCUAUGUCAUAAAUUCUUAGCCCGCUAUCCUAAUUAUCCUAACUUUUCUAAAAAUAAUGAAAUAUGUCUUGAUGAGGUAGCAGAAGAUCUAAAUAUUGAGCGCAGGCGUAUCUAUGACAUAAUGAAUGUAUUAGAAAGUCUUCAUAUGGUGAGCCGAUUUGCCAAAAACAGAUAUUCCUGGCAUGGCCGACAUAAUCUUAAAAAAACACUGCAGGCUUUGAAAAAAGUAGCUGAGGAAAACAAGGACUUGCAACAAACCAAACUGACUAAAAAAAGAAAAAAUGGGCAAGAGAUUGGAAAUACUGGCCAGAAUAUUGAAUGGAUGACAACACAUGCUAAGUCAAAUUAUCAUACAGACUUUGUGGAACUCCCUGGAAUGGAACUUCAAGGAGCUUCAGUAAAUAGUCGUAAAGACACAUCUUUAAGAGUGAUGAGCCAAAAAUUUGUAAUGUUGUUUCUUGGGUCAUAUCCCCAAGUUGUGAGCCUUGACGUUGCUGCUAAAAGUUUGAUAGGAGAAGACCAUUGUAAAUCACUGGAUAAAAGCAAGUUUAAAACUAAAAUUCGAAGACUGUAUGAUAUUGCCAAUGUUCUCAGUAGCCUUGAGCUCAUCAAGAAGGUUCAUAUUAUGGAAGAGAAAGGCCGCAGGCCAGCAUUUAAAUGGAUAGGACCAAAUGUUUUUUCUGAUAUUAAAGAUACCAAGCCAGAACUGGAUGUAAUGCCACUUCCAGUGGAAGAUAAACCUUUUAAAGAGUGUUCUAAGAAUCUCUUCCCUACUAAUAGCAAAUCAAAUUUCACACGGCAUCCGUCUUUGAUGAAACUGGCAAGGAGUAAAGAAAAUGAUCAGAGAAAGAGUCAUUCGGCUCCAGGCAGCCCUGUCAAAAAAUAUUUAGGCUCAAAUCCUUCAACUAUUCCAAGCAAGAUGGCUCAACUUGCAGCAAUCUGCAAGCAACAAUUAGAUGAACAAUCAAGGGAAUUUGAAAAGAUGAAAAAGAAAUUGGAGCACACUUCACCUUCUGAAUCUUGUUGGAAACCCAAAGCAGUCUUGUUGCCUUCUCAAGCUGCAAACUUAUCCCCGACCUCCAACUCAAUACUUCCUACUGUACCAUGUGCAGCAUAUCUGAAUCCAUCCCAAGUAGUGACAACAUGCCCAAAUUACAUGGUUUAUCCUGUUUCUACUACUCAUGCGACCAAAAUUAAGACUCCCAUGGAAACUCUUACUGAAACAUUUACUAAAGACAGUUUUAAUGAUUGGGAAAAAGUGGAAGAGCUGCAACUCUGGCUAACAAAGGAACCCAGUGGAACAACAGAUGACCUGAUAUCUCGGAAAUGUUUUAAAAGAUCUAAACUAGAGGGUAGUCCAAUUAAAAAAUGCAAGAGUAAAAAGAUGGAGCUUCAAAAUUCACUGCUGGACAUCAAGGUCCCCCAUGAAGUUGCUGUGACCAGUAAGGGGAAAACAGAGUUGUGUGCAGUGGGGAAAAAAUCCUACAGUUCUCCUAAUCUAGGUCCAAUUCCAGUGACAUCUGAUUUCCCUACUUUUCAUAUAACACCUCUUAACCUAAUACCACCACCACCUUCUGUAGCAACCACAUCCUCAGGGAAUGGUGCUGUUGAGUCAGCCCAUAUUAACCCUACCCCACCUCAGAGCACCUUAGUUCUGAACAUUAUUCUACAACAGUUAGGAAUGAUGCCAGCCAAUGUACAGAUGUCUGCAGAUCACGUACAUCGAUCUGCUUUCAUUUGUCAAGGAGCAGAACAUGUUAGUCCUGUUCCAGUAAGUGUCGGAUUGCAGCAAGCAACCGUAUUACUAAGGGAUUAUCGAGAUUUACAUGGAGAAUUGAUUCCAACCACUCCUCAGGAGACCAGUGUUCCUGUGACAUUCAAAAAUUCUAAGAAAGGCAAUGAAACGUCGAGUGAUCCAAGCCUAGAUCCUGGCUCUCAUUGAUCCUCUUAUGCAGAGGUUUCCAAACUUGGCAACUUUAAAACUUGUGGACUUCAAUUCCUAGAAUUCUGGGAGUUGGAAGUCCAAAAAUCUUAAAGUUGCCAAGUUUGGGACCCCUGCUCUUAUGGAUCAGAAGGAAUUUUCCCAGAAACAUUGCUAAUGCUGAAGAAUACUUGAUGGAUCAACAAAAUAUACAUUUUCUCAAAGAAAAUACUGCAUCCCGACCUUCAAUUAAAUAUAAUUGCAAUACUUUGUUUCUGUCACAUAAAAAUGGUUCUUUGAAAUUAUUUUUAGGCAUAGUGAUUUUUUUCCCCCUGUGUUGGAUUUUGUUUUACUUUUAUCUACAAUAGUUUAUUAAACUAAUCUUUUUUUGAAUGAGGAAUAUACAUCGUUUUUAAAUGUGUCACUUAAAAUUUCAUUGGCUAUCUGAUAAUAACUUUAUGAAAUAUAAAGCUAUUUUUUGUAAAUAGUAAUACUUAAAGAGAACAUUCCAAGUACCAAGCCUCGACUAUUUUUAAAAAGUCCAAGUUUGAUAUUUUAUCAUGUCAGUGUAAAUUAAUUGCAAAAUAUAAUUUAAUGUUUAUUUAAUCUAUUUCCUUUAAAUUAAUAAUUGAACUUGAUUUUUUGUAAAGUUUUAGUGAUAAAUUUUCAGAUGAUUUCAUAAUCAGUAUCUUCUGUCUUGUUUGUUGUAAUUUUGUAAUACCUCCCCAAAUUUUGUUUCUAGAUACAAAUAUUGUAAGUUCAGCCUGAAAUCUCUAGGGUUUGGGUAGUCAGAGUUGGUUUGAGACAGUUCUAUGGAUAAUUGGUUAAUUAUUCUGUGAGGCUUCUUUCACAAGUUUUAAGUAGUUGGAUGUCAGUAUGCAAUAGCUUUAUGAGUUAUUUCUCUAUUUUAUUUCAUGAAAUAUAUUGCUUCUUUAACUCCUACAAAUUGUCCUUAUUGUGAAUAGAAAGAAAAUACAGUAAUUGCUGUUUGUUGUCAUAUUAAUGUAAAAUCAGCUACAGAUCAAAAAGUAUUUCCUUGAAAGUUGCUAUUCUGAUUCUGGCUCCUAAACAAAAAUGCACCUGCUAUUUUUCCCCUGUUUGUAUUGUAUGACUUUUGCAAUAUGUACAUCAGCUCUGAUUUAUUUCCUGCUGCCUAUCAUGCAAGUAACAUUAUUAGUUAUCUAAUUUGGUUGAGUUCUUUUAUGAAGAUAUAUGAUCUUGGGACUGAUGAAGUCAUUUUGGGGACUGAUGAAGUCAUUUUUGAUACGCUUCUUUCAAUCAUUUGUAUGAUAUGGGUGGUCUGAUUAACUCAAAUACAGGUAGUCCUUGACUUAUAACAGUUCAUUUAGUGUCUGUUCAAAGUUACAACGGCACUG